AUGUGGGAAAGAGGAGCUUCGAGUGGUAUAACUGUGGCAGGGCAAUCAAGUGUCGCUGGCGCAUGGUCUUAUCAAUUUAAUUUACCCACAUCCAUAACAUUUGAUCAAUACGGUUACAUGUAUAUCAUGGAUUCUGGUAACAAUAGAAUUCAGCGAUGGUGGCCUGGAUCCACAUAUGGAGAGACAGUGGCUAGUUCGUCCUCAUUUUAUUACCCAAGAGGGUUAGCAAUUGAUCCCCUGGGUAAUUUGGUUCUUGCAGAUGAUUGGAAUCAACGAGUUGUAUCAUUUCCAGGUGUUUGUGGUGAGUAA